AUGGGAUUAUUACCAAUUAGCUCAUUUGUGCAAAGGUAUCUGACUAAUUUGUUCUCUGAUCUAAGCUCUGUCACCACCAAUUUUAUAGACGAUAUCACGGUGCACACGGUGUACACAGAAGCAGACAUGGGAACACAUUUAAAAUACGUCAAAAUAGUUAUUGAUUGGUUAAAAAAGGCUAAUCUCAAGAUAAAUCACGCAAAGACUCAUUUUGCUCAGCGUAGCAUUAAUAUAUUGGGCUUUUGCCUAUCCGAGAAAAGGUUGGCCUUUGAUUCUCGUAAAGUAAGCAAUAUUUUAGAUCGGGAUCCAAAGGUCGCUAACAGUAAAGAACUUCAAUCUCGGUUAGGAUUGGUAAAUUACUCUAGUAGCAAUCUACCUCGUUUGUCUACUUUAACCGCACCAUUGGAUGCCAUUAAAAAUACUCCAGAUAUUGACAAGGUAUGGACAGAGGAUCAUACAACUGCCAUGACCAACAUUCAACAAUUGCCUGUUAGAAGCCCUAUCAUUCCAGCACCUAAUUUAGCCUAUCCAUUUUGCCUUGUCACUAAUGCUAGUUCAUAUGGCAUUGGUGCCUGUUUAUAUCAAGUUAUCAAAAAGCGUAUUUACUAUAAUGGCUUCAUCGCCCGUAAACUAUCUGCCAGUGAGCAACGCUAUGGGUCAUCCAAGCGUGAGCUUUUGGCAGUGGUUUAUGCUUUCAAUAAGUUUCGCCAAUGGUUACGGGGUGAAAAGUUUCAUUUAUUCUUGGAUAAUCGUGGUCUAUUGUACCUACAUUCUCAAGAGAAACUUACUCGUAUGAUUGAGAGCUUUUAUGAUACAAUUUUUGAAUUUCACUUUGAUAUCACAUACUGUAUGGGUAUGGACAAUAUUCUAGCAGAUCGACUUUCUCGCAUCUUUGUACCUGGUACAAAGAAGCUGGAGGGGUGUGGUUCUCUCGCUAGAAGAGCUACUGUUAUUAAACGGAUAUUAGAUCCAAUCGAGCCUACAAAUGAUAAAGACCUUCAUGAAGCUAAGAAGCAAAAGAAGGGUAUCAAAGCAAAUGACAUUAUUUUACAGCCUUUCAAUCCGAGUACUCAGGGUACCAAAAUCAAUGAUACUGAGAAUAAUGCUAAUAAGGAAAGUACAAACAGUAACACAAUAAGCAGUGCACUCACAGAAACUGCAAAUUCUGACAGCAAGGACAAUAAAGAAUUGUGCAUUUAUGCAUCACAUUUGGACAUUUAUGAAGUACCUAAAAGUGAAGAACAAAAGCAAGAACUAUUAGAAAAAUCUCACCUUUUAGGACACUAUGGAAUCACUGCUAUGGAGCAGGUUAUACAUGAAGAUUACCAAAUGCAUUGGAAAGGGCUCAGAAAAGAUAUUGAACGAUAUGUCAAGAACUGUAGCAAAUGCAGGGUAUUUAACAUAGGAAGACAUGUAUAUCAUCCACCUAAGAAUCAUACUGCGGAUUCUGUUGGAGAUCAUUGGGUUUUUGACGUAGGCACAUUUGAUGUUACUACUCCUAGAGGUAACAACUUUAUCUUGGUUGCAAUGGAUCUAUUCUCAAGAUUCAUUGUAUUACGGGCGUUUCCAAACAAAACUGCAACAACAGUUGCUAAAGAAAUUGUCUCUAUUUUUAGUCUUUUUGGUUACCCAAAAAUCCUUUCUCAUGAUAAAGGUAAGGAGUUCAGUUCUCAAUUACUAGAGAGCAUUGCUGCCAAUGCAAAGAUAGAGCAAAGGCUUUCACUUCCAUGGUGCCUGUUAGGCAACAGCGCUUGUGAAGCCGCGGUCAAGAGCUCAAAGACCAUCGUCAUUAACAUGCUGGAUGGAUGUGCCAAAAAUUGGGAUUUGUAUCUUGAUGGCACAGACUAUAGCUUAAAUUUACAUAAAUCAAGGCUACACGGCAUGAAACCAUUUGUUGUCAUGUUUGCCAGGCUUCCUAAUGAAUUAAAAGACUAUUCUGAUGUUGAAAUGAGUCUUCCAGAACAAACAUUAAAUGCCAAGGCCUUGAAAGACAAGAUCAAGAGAAUUGACAAAAUUCUUGUACCUGCAAUCAAGGAGCAGAUUGUCGAAUCACAGAAAGCUGACAAUGCUUAUUUUAUGAAGCGACACAAAAUUCUAAAGAACCCAUUCCCCAUAGGAGCUUCUGUCAUGAUUAAGAAUGUAGAAAGUAAGAACAGUAAAACUGACCCUAAAUACGAGGGCGUGUUCUAUAUUCAUGGUUAUACAAAGAAUGGCAGUUACAUUCUAAAAGAUGAAACCGAUACAUUCUUAUCAAGAGAUGUUCCUACAUCUCACAUUAAAUUGAUGAACGAAAAUUCACCUCCUCCAGAACCCGCUGAUAAACGUUAUGAAGUUGAGGCUAUCCUCAAACAUAAGGGUAAAGCGCCUAACUAUCAAUAUCUCGUUACUUGGAAGGAUUACGAUUGUAGUUAUGAUUCAUGGGAAACUCCAGAGUUGUUUGAUUCAAGACAACCUAUCAAACAGUACUGGGUGAGAGUAGGAGCACCUGAAAAGAGCUCUGGUAAAAGGCAAAGAGUACCUAAAUCAAUCAACAAAAGAUCGGUUGCAACGCGUGAAGAGAGAUCUACAAAGAGACAUGCGCGGUUGAUUGAGAACAGACAACCAUCAUCUUUAUAG